CAAGGUGCUCCUUAUUACAGCUGCAGAGUGAUAGACAGAGCAGGGGAAGGCUGGAGACAGUUCCAACAGAGGAAGAGGAAAGGAACUAGAGAAAUUGUGCACAGGGAAAGUUAGAAAGAAAAAAAAGCAGUCCUACUUGUGUGCUCACCUUUCCUUGAGUGCAACUUCCCCACUCCACUACCUGAGGCACACAUACACAUACACACAUACACGUGUGGAGGUGUUUUAGGGAGGUUAACAGCGCUGACUCUCCAGGGAAAGAGGGAAUUAAAUUAAACAGUUUGGUUUUCAAUCUGCCGCAUCCAUACUCGGGAGAAAAAAAGGGAUUACAGCUUGUAAGCCAGCCCCACUCAUUUCUUUCUUCUCUCUGCAUUUUGUUGUCACUGAGUCACUUUGGAGAUUUUGGAUACAACCUUCGUAAAUUGUUUGUCCGAGCUCAGAGAGGCAUGGCACACGGACAAAAGAGCCACAGGUGGGCAUUAACCCAGGGCUCCUUCAGCUUGGCACUGGGCCUGACGCUCCUCUCCCUCUCGCUCCUCACCGUCUCAGCCGCAGACGAGUACGACUACUACAGCUGGCAGGCGGACAACUUCCACAACGGCCGUUUCUACACCAAGCAGCCCCAGUGUGUGGACAUACCUGCUGACCUGCGUCUGUGCCACAAUGUGGGCUACAAGAAGAUGAGGCUGCCCAACCUCCUGGACCACGAGACCAUGCCAGAAGUCAAGCAGCAGGCGGGGAGUUGGGUGCCCCUUCUGGCCAAAAGGUGCCAUGCUGACACCCAGGUUUUCCUGUGCUCCCUGUUUGCACCAGUGUGCCUCGACAGACCCAUCUACCCCUGCCGCUCACUGUGUGAGGCCGUGAGAGACAGUUGUGCUCCAGUGAUGGAGACCUAUGGCUUUCCCUGGCCAGAGAUGCUGACCUGUGAUAAGUUCCCCAUUGAUAACGACCUCUGCAUCCCCAUGCAGUUCACUGGGAACCAAGCAACACAGCCACCAGUGUCGAAGGUGUGCCCUCCAUGUGACAAUGAGAUGAAAGCAGACAACAUAAUGGAGCAUUACUGCGCAAGUGACUUUGCCCUCAAGAUGAAAAUUAAGGAGGUGAAGAAGGAGAAGGGAGACCGGAAGCUGAUUGCAGCCCAAAAGAAAAAGAGAGUGUUGAAGCAGGGCAUGCUGAGGAAGAAGGACCUGAAGAAACUGACCCUGUACAUUAAGAAUGGCGCCAACUGCCCGUGCUCACAGCUCGACAGCCUGAACUCAAACUUCCUCAUCAUGGGCCGGAAGGUGGACCAGCAACUGCUGCUCAUGUCCAUUCACAAGUGGGACAAGAAGAGCAAGGAGCUCAAGUUUGCCAUCAAGUACAUGAAGUCCCAUCAGUGUCCCACCUACCACACCGUCUUCCAGUGACACGGCAAACACUCUUCACACUCCACCCUGUUCCACAUUAAUCCUUAUUCUUUUUCCACUAAUGCAUCCCCCCCCCCAGCAAAAUGUUUAAGCAGCCCGUGACAUGGUCCUACAGGGACAGUGGAGCUUUUUUUUCCUGAGCUUCGUCAGGUAGUCAAAGGGGGGGAGUUUUUAUCCGCUCAGAUGAAUCAGAGAUAUUACAUAUUAAUGAUGGAGAAGCUAUGAUGUCUUCAUUCUCCCUCUGAAUAAAUAAAAGCCCCCCCCCCACACACAAAAAAACACAUUUAUAAGAAUUAGGAAGAAAAAGAAACAUACAGGAUCUUUGUAGAAUCCUUAAGAUUUCUCCUUUCCUUUUCUAAUAUAGCAGAUCCAAUCAUUUGUACAGUAUAUCUUACAUCUUUAUCAAUACAGCAGCAGCAUUGAGAGGCAGGAAUCUAAAAAUGUGAGGUAACUAUUGGAAGUACAAGUUUGUUAACGUGAUGAGUAUAGGCAGACAAAACUGAAAGAGAAGACAGGGUUUGUUUCUGUAUCACUACAGUGCAGCAGGUGGGCACAGAGCUCCCAGGAACAACAUCAAAGCAGAGAUGAUCCACUUUAAAACUGUAUGAUUUAAUAAUGUAAAAAGUAGGUGAUUCAGAACAAUAAUAGAUCAUAAGAAAACAGGCUUUUUUCCCCCUUUUAUUCCUGCUGGGAAAGAAGACAACGGAUGGAACGAGAAAGACCGGCAGGCUGGAUGAUGCUUUCACUGACUUUGUACAGCACCGUUUGUUUUGUUUUUUUGUGGCCUGAAAGAGGGUAACUUGAAUAUUUGUUUUGUAUUUUGAAGUGGUGAGAGAAGGAGGUCACGGCAGAGAAGACGUCUUCCUUAAAACGAGUUGAAAAUACGAGCGGAUGAAAGAGAGAAAGAGACUCUGGACAGAACCAACAAUGUUGGCAUGAUAAGUCUCUGGUCUUCACUAUUUUUCCACUAUCACUCUUCAAAUGUCUCUUUUUUUGUACUUGUAGAUUUUUUUUUAUUAUUUUUAUUUACUUCAGUUAAACUUUUACGGUAUGAAAACAGAAAUCAUACAUACAUAACACCUAAAUUCAUUAUUGCCAUAGAAAUAAAAAAAAGAAAAGAAAAAGAAAAUUUGACUUUCUCUAAUCAGUUAACCUGUGAGUAGAUUUGUUACUUAAAUGCAUCUUUGUUUCAC